GACCUGAAAUGUUGCAUAUCUAUUUCUUACAGCGCCAGAGACCCGGGUUCGAUCCUGACUACGGGUGCUGUCUGUACGGAGUUUGCACAUUCGCCCAGUGACCUGCGUGGGUUUUCUCCGAGAUCAUCAGUUUCCUCCCGAGCUCCAAUGACGUACAGACUUUCCGAUGAAGAUCUUUGAUUCUCCGUACUUGUGUGGCCCGGAGCAGCAACAAAACAAACUCUUCACCUGUCAGUGAAACCGUCUAAAGAUUCGGGACUAAAUUCAAUCCAAAGCUAUUCCUGCCACUAAUGCUGGAUUGCUGAGAUGACUGCAGGACGUUAAUCCCUUUCACCUCUGCCCGAAUGUGAUAGGCACAAAAAGCUGGAGUAACUCGACCGGCAUCUUAGCGGCAGCAGCAGCAGCAUCUCUGGAGAGAAGGGAGAGGUUGACAAUCCGCGUUGAGACCCUGCGUUUGACUUCCACGCCGCGUUGUGGAGAUGGCGGCUCUCCCGACACCGUCUGGCAGGGACUCAACGCCGAAUUCCAAGCCGGCAUCGGCCAAGCCCUUGAAUGACCUGGACUUCCACUCGGGAGCUCGGAUCGAGGAGAUCACCAAACUGAUCCAGGAGUUCGGCAAGCAUGAGAUGAGGGACUUUGACGAUCAGCGGGCGUUGGAAGUACACACAGCCAAGGAUUUCAUAUUCUCAAUGCUGGGGCUGGUGCAGAAACUGGACCACAAGCUGCCCGUGUCCAACGAGUACCUGCUGCUGUCGGGCGGCGUGCGCGAGGGCGUGGUGGACAUGAACCCCGACGAGCUGGGGGACUACGCGCGGGGCACGGACUACGACGUGGACUUCACCCUGCUGGUGCCGGCCCUCAAGCUGCACGACCGCAACCAGCCGGUGACGCUGGACAUGCGGCACUCCCCGCCGUGCCACUCCUGGCUGAGCCUGCGGCUCUUCAGCGAGGCCACCAUGUCCCGGUGGAAGGACUGCUGCACCGAGACGGAGCCGGCGGAGACGGGCGAGCCCGGCGGCGGUGGCGGCGGCGGCUACUACUUCUCCCCCACCAAGGUGGCCGACUGGUUCCACCGCUCGGUGUGCGCGGUGAUCGAGGAGAUCCGCGGCCGGCCGCAGCGGGGCGUGCCGGCCGUCUCGGCGGUGGCCCGGAACGGCACGGCGGUCACGGUGGUGCUGGCCGUCGGCCGCAGCCGCCUGCUCUACGACAUCGUGCCGGUGGUCUCCUUCAAGGGCUGGCCGGCCGUGGCACAGAACUGGCUGAUGGAGAACCACUUCUGGGACGGCAAGAUCACCGAGGAGGAGGUGAUCAGCGGCUUCUACCUGGUGCCGGCCUGCUCGCGGCACGGCCGGCGGGACAACGAGUGGCGGCUGGCCUUCUCCCGCAGCGAGGUGCAGCUGAAGAAGUGCAUCUCCGUCCAUCUGAUCCAGGCCUACCAAGCCUACAAGGCCAUCAUCGUCAAGCUGCUCUCCCGGCCCAGGGCCAUCAGCCCGUACCACCUGAGGAGCCUGAUGCUUUGGGCCUGUGACCGCCUGCCCUCCAGCUUCCUCGCCCAGCCCGACAAUGCCGCCCACUUCCUGCUGGGCCUCCUGGACGACCUCGCCCACUGCCUGGUCAACAGGUCGUGCCCCAACUACUUCCUGCCGCAGUGCAACAUGUUCGACGACCUCUCGGACGCCACGGUGCUGCUGCUGGCGUGCCGCCUCUCGUCCGUGCGCUCCGACCCGGCUGAUCACCUGCGCAGCGCCGUGGAGCACGCCAAGGCGGCCAACAAGCUGGCCCAGGAGCUGCGGCAACAGCAGCAGCAGCAGCAGCGCCGUGCCUCGCCGGGCCACAACUCCUCUCAGGCCGACGGCACGGCGGGACAGGACGACGGGCUGGCCCGCAAACUCCAGCAGCUGGUGACGGAGAACCAGGGCAAGUCCAUCUCGGUCUUCCUCAACCCCGACGACGUCAGCAAGCCCCACUUCAGGAUCGACGACAAGUUCUUCUGAAGGGAGCGGGAGAGGGAAAGGGAAGAAA